AUGAAUGCUACUGACAAUACUCCAAGCAGUCCAUAUGGUGGAAACUCAGUUCAGAUGGCGUCACCAAGCACCUCGGGUACCAUGACGCCAUCAUCCGAGCAACAACAACAACCCAACCUGCCAUCGUUUCAGUCUCCAACUUCCUCAUCUAACAACAACAAUCCAUCUCAAAACAGAAUAACAUCUAUUAAUGAAGUAAAUGAUUCUAGCUCGGUGCAGAAGAUACUUAAUGAGAUCCUGAUGAACAAUCAAGCUCAUAAUACAUCAGGAGGAGGUAGCAUGGUUGGUGGGCAUGGGUCUUUUGUGAAUGACGGGAAGGGAGGUAGUAAUGUAAAUAGCUCUGGUGUUCUGUUGAUGAACGGUCAAGUAAACAAUAACAGCAACACAAGUAUUGGAGGUGCUGAUGGGUUUGGUGUUGGAAUGCUUCAGUCCAUGGGUAUGAAUAUUAACGAGAACAGUAGUAGUCUUAUGAAUGAAGGAGUUGGGAUUAUGGUGAGGGGUCCAAACGUGCAACCGGAUCUUGGGAACCAACUCUUAGGAGCAGUCCAUGGUUACGACAAUUUUCAGUGUGAUUGGAACGUAUGA